AUCUAUUUAACAUUUACGACUAUAUAAUAACCAUGUAACGCUACAAUGUCAUUUUUUAAAAGUCCAAUUACAUUACAGCAUUUGCAAAUUCUGCUUAGUAAGACAGCUAAUUUUCUGAGCAGAGUCGUUGGGUGACGGCAAUUUUCGUCCCUGGAAUUUAGAGCAGAGAGAGUGCUCUCAACUUUUCAUUUUCUCCUCCAAUGACGCAACCUCUGUACUCUCCUCAUCACCUCCCAGGAUCGUUGAUGGGCAAUUCAUUGACCAUAGUGCAGACAGUGAGGACAGGCACUGCAAAUGAGAUAGCAAUAAGAUCAACGUUGAACGGUGGCCUGCUGGAGUAAAUUAGCAUGAUGUUAGCUUUGGUUAGCAGCUCCCUGAAUUAACGUAUGUCUGACACAUAGACUCCCAAGUUAACCUCACCUACAGAGUUUACCUCGAAGCUUUCCAGUAAGGUUUGUAUUCUUACCGUACUCCGUCUAUCUGUUCAGCUCUCAGAGUGAACCCACGCUGUAAGGUCAUCAAAGCAGUAGCUGAGAGGAGGGGAGACCUUUUCUGAACUACCAUGGCUCCACAUCCAGUAGUCCAGGCCAUCAUUGAUCUCUCUGCAGGAGCCACAGGGGGAGCUGCGUGCGUCUUCAGCGGGCAGCCUCUAGACACAGUAAAGGUCAAAAUGCAGACCUUUCCUAAGCUGUACCGCGGUUUCAUCCACUGCUUCAUGUCUACCUACAAACAAGUGGGCCUGCGUGGGCUCUACCAGGGCACUAGUCCGGCGCUGAUGGCCAAUAUCGCCGAGAACGCCGUGCUCUUCAUGAGUUACGGCUUCUGUCAGCAGGUCAUCCGCUUCACAGCCGGCCUGCACAGCGAGGCUGUGCUGAGUGACGUGCAGAAAGCUUGUGCUGGCUCAGUAGCGUCCAUCUUCUCAUCGCUAGUGCUCUGCCCCACUGAGCUUGUCAAGUGCCGACUACAAGCCAUGCAUGAAAUGGCAUCAUCAGGCAAGAUUGCCAGUAGCCAGAACACUGUGUGGUCAGUGGUGAGAUUCAUCAUAAGGAAUGAGGGACCACUGGGCUUCUUCCAGGGUCUGACCACCACUAUAGCCAGAGAGGUCCCCGGUUACUUCUGCUUCUUCGGUGCCUACGAACUCUGCCGCACAACUUUUGCAGACUACAUGAAAUGUGGCAAGGAUGACAUAGGUGUGGCUCCAAUUGUGUUCAGCGGCGGUUUUGGAGGGGCGUGUCUGUGGCUGGUGGUCUACCCUAUGGAUUGCGUCAAAUCUCGUAUUCAAGUCAUGUCUAUGACGGGCAAACAGGCGGGCUUUUUCAAGACCUUCAUGACCAUCACUCGCACUGAAGGUGUGAGGGCGCUCUACUCUGGUCUUACUCCCACCAUGAUCCGCACCUUCCCUGCUAAUGGAGCUCUGUUUCUGGGUUACGAGGCCAGCCGGAAGCUCAUGAUGAGGCAGUUUGACAGCUAA